UCACAGGAUUAGCUCUUGAACCACUUGCAUCUUCUGAAAUUGAUCAGAAUAAGACAUAAUUUCAGUUGUCUAAGAGGAAGGAAGCAUCGGGCAGGAUUACUAACAUCAUUUUGUUUGAUCUAAAACUGUUCAUCCAAAUUGCCAAUGGGGAAAAAUGACUUUCUCACACCUAAGGCAAUUGCCAAUCGAAUUAAAGCAAAAGGACUGCAGAAGCUUCGGUGGUAUUGCCAGAUGUGUCAGAAGCAAUGUCGUGAUGAGAAUGGUUUCAAAUGCCACUGCAUGAGUGAAGGGCACCAGCGUCAAAUGCAAAUUUUUGGACAAAACCCAACCCGCAUAAUUGAGGGCUAUACCGAAGAGUUUGAAACAACUUUUCUUGAGCACAUGAAGCGCAGCCAUCGAUUCAGCCGUGUGGCUGCCACCGUGGUUUAUAAUGAAUACAUAAAUGAUAGAAAUCAUGUUCAUAUGAACUCCACGGAGUGGGCUACACUUACUGAGUUUGUUAAGUACUUGGGUCGAACUGGAAAGUGUAAGGUUGAGGAAACACCGAAGGGAUGGUUCAUUACAUAUAUAGAUAGAGAUUCAGAAACUCUUUUCAAAGAGAAGAUGAAGAACAAGAGAAUCAAGGCAGAUUUGGUAGAUGAAGAAAAGCAAGAGAAAGAAAUCCAAAAACAGAUUGAAAGGGCCGAGCAAUUGUUGCAGCUGUCUAAUCCGGAGUCCGACCAGCCUUCUCAGGUAGAGACUACAAGGGAACUAAAUGCAGAGGACGGAAUUAAGAUAGGAUUUUCUCUUGGAUCGUCUGCGAAACCUCUGACCAAGGAAAAAGGUGAGGCAUCAAUAAUGGCGUUUGAUGAGGUUGAUACAGAGAAAUAUGAGGAAAGGAAUCCUGUAAACAACUUGAAGAGAAAAGAAAGUGGUGGUGGAAAAUCAACUUUGGAUGAAAUGAUCAGGGAGGAAGAGAGGAAAAAGGAAAAAAUCAACAGGAGGGAUUAUUGGUUGCAUGAGGGAAUUGUUGUUAAGGUUAUGAGCAAAGUCUUGGCAGAAAAGGGGUACUACAAGCAAAAAGGUGUUGUGAGAAAAGUGAUUGACAAGUAUGUAGGGGAAGUAGAAAUGCUAGAAAGCAAGCAUGUGCUCAGAGUUGAUCAGGAAGAGCUUGAAACGGUGAUACCUCAGGUCGGGGGACGUGUAAAAAUAGUAAAUGGGGCUUAUCGUGGAUCACUUGCUAGACUGCUCGGGGUGGAUACAGAUCAUUUUUGCGCCAAGGUGCAGAUAGAGAAAGGUGCUUAUGAUGGUAGAGUGCUUAAAGCCGUGGAAUAUGAGGACAUUUGUAAAUUAGCCUAGUGCGCUUAAUGGAAUUAUUAUUUUUUGCGAUUCUGUAAGUUGCAGGAGUUGUAAAGUUUGUUGCUAUGUAUUAUGCAGAAGCUCUAAACUCCAGUGUCAUCUUUGUUGCAUAAAUUAAAGGGUCUUGCUAACCAGUGCCCUCAGGGCAAUGGUUAAGCAUUCUAAAAAAGUAAACUAUUUUAUAGGAAAUUUAAUAUUUCAAUUUUCGAGGCAUUAAAAAUACAAAUUAUCGAGACAAAUUUACUAUUUCUAAAGUCUUAACCAUUGCCCUGAGGACACUGGUUAGCAUUUUCCUAAAUUAAAUCAUGGUGGUUAUCUUUUCCUGUAUUGGAUAGAAUUCUUGUUUGAUAAUUAGAAUUCUGAUUUCUGACUAUAGUUAGACUAGAAAAGUGCAUAAAAGGAUGGUGACUGUUUGUACUAUUGUAGCAUGUGGAAUUUGAAUUGAUAUUUAGCUUGAUUCUCAACUUUUUUUUCU